AUGAGGGAGGAUGCAAAUGGGAGGGUUCUACUGGGACUGACGCAACCACCGAAACGGAAACCUUCACCAGGCAACGCCUCCUCCUCUCGAAAGAAGAAGAAAAAUCAUGACAGGCGUCCGGAGCGUUCACGGUACUUUGAGGAGCCUGACCCGUUCCGGAUACAGGAGGACAUCAUUGCUAUCAAUGAUUCGGAUACGUCCGAUGAAGGGGACAUCGAAGAACCUGAGCCUGUACAACGGAGUUGGUCUCCUAGUGCACCAUUGAAUGAUUCCUCCGACGAGGAGGACGAAGGGCCAGCACCAGUCCCAGCUCUACGACCUCCGCCCACCAUUUCGGAAGAAAUCAACACGCUUUCGACGUUCUGUCCCAUACGUGACCAGAAUACCUUUACUUUGGCCCCUGACGAGUUUGGCUCGUUUGGACUGGGCGAUGGCGCGGCUAUCCUCCUUGCCCUCAGCGCGUCCGACACAAUCUGUUUCUUGGGGGCGUACAAAUUAUCUGUUCUUCAUGGGUCGAUCACGGUUUGUGGUACCACUCUUCAGUCGCCCUCCCGGGUGCACCAUGUAUUCGCCCCACGCUCUUCUCCUCUGCCUGUUAUUGCAGUAGAAACUGAGAGUCGAGCGGGUCCGUCAAAAAUAUCGACUCUCCCCCCACGUUUUCAAUCCUUAUUGGCGACUGCCGACGCCUUGAUUGUCGUCCAAGAGCUGCAGACAAACGUUUCCGGUCUUGAAGUCAUAUGCAGGGCGUUUGAUAGGGUAUUCAGUCCUUAUCGGCGAAAUGACGAGGAUGCGUUUGAUUUUGGUGUACCAGGCGUUCAUAUGGUCAGUCGGAGGACUAAACACUCUGAGCCGUUUUGCCUACCACUAUCGUGGUCUUCUGCCCUCUCUUCUGCAUCAGCGGCGGAGGUGGAUGCUUCUGAGGUGUACGUCGUGGAGGGACCCAAGAAGACUGGCAAAAGCACUUUUGCUAGGACCCUGGUGAACCGGCUUUUGGCUAGAUACCAACGGGUCGCAUACUUAGAGUGUGAUCUAGGCCAGUCGGAGUUUACUCCUGGAGGUAUGGUCGCUUUGAACAUAAUAGAGUCCCCGUUGUUUGGCCCACCAUUCACUCAUCCGACCCUUCCGAUUCACGCUCACUAUAUUGGCGCAACAACACCCAAGUCGUCCCCGUCACAUUAUUUAUCGGCCAUCCAGUCUCUAGUCCAGAGCUACCGUCUAGAUAUCCAAAUACCUACCGACAUGGGUAUUGAAGGUGACGAUGACCGCACUUGUGACCGCAUCCCGCUCGUUGUCAAUACGAUGGGCUGGACGAAAGGUCUAGGUGCAGAUCUCCUACAAAAGAUCCAUGACAUGGUCGAGCCAACGCAGAUAUUCGAGUUUGAGGCCCCGAUAAUCGAUAAUGCUUGGCCCGCUCGAGCUCCAGCACAUCACCUGCUCAAGCCCAUACCCUCAUUGAACUUGUACUCUGCCGUAGACACGCGAUCACUAUCCAUAAUGUCCUAUUUCCAUGCCGUGUUUCCCUCUGCCAUUGGCCCCGGUGCGUUCCGCCAGAUCACAGCCACGAGAUGGAACACCUCACUCCCGCUGUGUGCUAGGCGGCCGUACGAGGUGGAUAUUUCGGUUGCUGUGGAUCGGGUCAUUCUCACUGGGGCGGGUAUGGAGGAUGUUCGGCCCUCGGAGAUACAAUGCGUGCUUAAUGGUGCGUUGGUGGGGCUGGUGAGCUGCGAGCCGGAUACACCCCUUGAUGGUAUACCGUACAUUCAAGGCGCCCUGCCCCCUUCUCCGGAAGUAUCGUCGUGCUACGGGCUGGCGCUUAUUCGGUCAUUAUCGCCCAAGGUGCUGCAUGUGCUGACGCCUACACCGCCGGCUUCGUUGCAUAAGACGCGGGUGCUUGUGAAGGGUGAGAUGGAGCUGCCAAUCUGGGGUCUUUUGGAUUUUAGGACGGAUAAUGACGAGGUUGCGGGUGUGGAGAAGGGUAAGGUGCCGUUUUUGCAGUGGGGGAAGAGGGAGGGACUUGGUGCUGAGAAGAGACGAGUGAGAAGGAAUUUGAUGAGGAGGGGACAGAUGUGA